AUGACCACAACUCAGAACACUCAAACUACCAUGGAUACAACUCAGGACGUACAGAUCUCUGCACAAUCUAUGGUCACAAAAGGUGAACGUCGCGAGCAAUAUCUCAAAGUUAGAGCCAACCGCACCCGCCUCAUCUCGGAUCAUUCGCAUCUUUUGGUGGAUAUAGGCGCCUUCGAAACAGCCAUUGGCAACAAGUUCCUCUUCACCGGUGAGGUCCUAGAGCAAGCCGCAGCAGACCUCGCCGAGGCUAAAGCCCUGGACCCCGAUGCAGAUUCCAUCUACAUCCCGUAUGUCUUAGGCGACGGUGACCUCACGCGCUCGUAUGAGCUGGUCACUAGAAUGGGCGAUGCCUCUCUGUACAAAAUGGCGCCCGCCUACAUUGGGAAAGACUUCUUGGUCAAGAACGUCCUCAAGCCCGAUGAUAUCGACACGCACCCGCUGCGCAACGCUAUCGCAGGAUGGGCACAUUUCGCCCCCCAUUUAUUGGAGAUGGCUGCGAUGCAGCAGCGUUUAGAGGUGAGCCGGGCCAUGGAGGAAAUUAAGAAGCUCAUAGUUGCGUCGCCAGUUCGGAUUGAUAAUGUUGUCUGCUUGGCGCUUGGUAAACUUUACUGGGAUACGUCACUGAAGGAGAACGCUUGCGGACAAUUUCUCCUGGCUUGGGCUAUUGCAGGUGCUGUUGCAGAGCACAAGGAAUCCACGGCAGCUAUCCCGAUAGUGGUAUUCGGCCCAGACUACGAUAUAGCGGCUUGUCAUCUGCUUGCAUACCUGCCCCAUCUAAUCCACAUCUCCUCCAGCCCCUAUAAGUAUCUCAGCAUGAUGCCAAAUACUCUGGUGAUCUGCAUUGGUAUCCCGGUAUUCACACCGGCUUAUGAGAUCAUGGCCGACUGCUUGUUCCCAUCGGGACCAGCAGCAUUAAUGUGUAUCGAGCUUCCGGAACAGCCCUGGCACGUGCAAGGCUUAAUCUCUCUGUGUGAUCCUCUUGUGCCCCGGGUGGCGAAGAUUCUCGAGCAAUAUGAGGUGGGUUGGCUAGGCGAUUUCGUCCCAAAGGUCCAAGACAGUGGGUUGAAGGAGCUGCAAUGGCUGCGAAACGUAGUUUGGUACAGCCGCAAACGGUAA